AUGUCCACCACAACAGAUGUGACGCGUUGCGAUAGCGCCACUUCGAUGUGUAUCGCCAAUGCUGUGGCACUCUCCUCUGCCAACAAACUAACCCCCGCCGAACGAAAGGCCUUCAGUAAAUCAGAUCACAAAGCUGGCAAGGUCCUCUGCGUCACACUCACGCGCAAUGACGUGGGACAGGUGCACCACCAUGAGAAACUUUCUCCAUGCCUAUCACAAGAUCAAGAGAAUGUCCAAGGUGAUAAUAUCCUCGAGGACACUAAGAUUAUAGGUGCAAAGCGUUCAUGUAGCCGCAAUGCAAGCGCUGCCACCAUUAUUGGCCCACUUAAGGACCUUGGCCGUGUGCCCGCUUCAGGUAUGGGGAUGGUAGAGAAGCGGAACAAGGGGCGCAUGGCCGCUGGGAGAUAUACGCAACGCGUUGUCUUGGGCCUCUUGCGGUCCAAUGAACCAUCUAGGAAGGAAGGCAAGGGAGAACUACCGACGGGAGUUAGCGACGACAGUGCAUGCUCGCUCCCGGAACUAGACGAGAGUGAAGAUACCGACGCGCUCCUGUGUCGAAAUAAUGAAGAGGGGGAAGACGAUCUAUCCAUUGGUUUCCCAAGGAGCCUUGACGUCGAAAACUCGUCAGCUACACCCCCGAGUCCCGCCCUUGAGCGACGUGAGGAAAUACGGCUUAGUGAAACGAUUGGACCCUUGGAUGUUUCGCUUUUUGCAUCUCUCUGUCAUACAACUAAUGUUGAGGUAUCAGAUGAUCCGAUGAAGGAAGUCUGUCCGACUGCAGAAAGAAUUGAGGAACCAUCCAACACAUAUGCGUCAAAUCCGUAUACUCCACAAACUCAGCUCUCCCGCCCGCCUGUUGGAUACGACUCACGACUAUGCGCGAGCUCUCAGCACAACUAUCGACUGUGCCGGUCAUCACCAAUGUCUCCGGCCAGCUUUCCGUGA